AACUUGACGUAUCAGAAUUUUUAAAAGAUUUUGAUGAAUUUAUCAGAGAUUUAGAUAUUUUCUUAGAAGAGAAAUUAGAUAAUAUUAAAAUAGUUCAAGAGAAAAUUAAUGAGAAUUGGAAUCCUAAUUUAGCAAUUGAA